CCGAUCGAGUCAACGCGUCCAUGCGUUAAUUUUGCGCGAUGCCAUAGACCAACUAUGAAUCAUGUAUGUGAAAGUAUUCUCAAAUCUGCUCGCGUGCAUCCUCGCUUCCUGUCUCCAUCAGUCCGUGGCGUCAGCCGUGUUGGAGACUGAGCUCCCUAGGGAGGCAGUGCCAUUGCUGGUACAGCAGGAUGAUACUGUAGCCGCAGAGAUGCGCAACACCAGCAGGCUGCUGGAGUCAGAGCACACACUCACAUACCCCUCUCGCCUCAUAUACUACCUGAACAAAGCUUCUGAGAGCACCUACCAUGACCUGAACACCCACGCAAAGAUUCCUGACCCAAAUGGACAGGAGGUCCAUCUCGCUCAGACUUCAUUUCAACUUCAGGCCUUUGGAACUCCAUUCAUUUUGGACCUCACAUUAAACAAUGACCUGCUGUCUUCAGACUAUGUGGAGAUACACUAUAAGGAAGGGAAGCUCAUCCAACAGAAGGGUGGAGAGCACUGUUACUACAAUGGCCAGAUCAGAGGAAUGGAGAACUCUCAUGUGACUCUGUCCACCUGUAACGGUUUACAUGGCAUGUUCGAUGAUGGAGUCCAUAUUUAUACAAUUGAGCCUCUUAAACAGACUCACUCUAUGGAGGGAUCGGCGAGACCGCACAUUUUACGCAGGAUGCCAGUCCAGCAGCAGACCCCACCGGCAGGAGAGGAAGGCAUGGAGGAAGUACUGUCACCUCUCGAUGAUUUGUCUUGGAUUCGACGAAGGAAAAAGCGAGCUAUGCCGAGGAAUGUGUUUGAGGAGAUUAAGUAUAUAGAACUGAUGAUCGUCAUUGACCACAACAUGUUUAAGAGGCAGAAGACUAUGCAGCACUCACAGAAUUACGCCAAGUCUGUGGUCAACCUGGUUGAUGCUAUUUUUAAAGAGCAUCUGAACACCCGUGUUGUCCUGGUCGCUGUAGAGAUCUGGACAGACAGAGAUUACAUUCCCAUUAGUGUGAUUCCUUUCAAUAUGCUACAGAACUUUUCCAAAUACCGACAGCAACACAUUAGACAACAUGCAGAUGCUGUACAUCUGUUCUCUAAUGUGACGUUUCACUAUCCUCGGAGCAGCACAGGGUAUUUUGGAGGAAUGUGUUCUGUGAGUCAUGGUGUUGGAGUGAAUGAGUAUGGGUCUACAUGGACGAUGGCACUCUUGCUGUCCCAGAGUCUGGCUCAGAAUCUCGGCAUUCAGUGGGACACAGUGUCAAAGAGAAAGGAGUGCGGGUGCAUGAACUCAUGGCUGGGCUGCAUCAUGGAAGACACUGGGGUCCAGCACCCACGGACAUUCUCUAAGUGCAGCAUCUCUGAUUUUAAAGAGUUCCUUUUGAAGGGAGGAGGAUACUGCCUUUUUAACAAACCAAGCAAGCUGUUCGAAACGACACAGUGUGGGAAUGGAUAUGUGGAGGUGGGAGAAGAGUGUGACUGUGGACCAAGAGAUGAAUGCAUUAGAGAGUGCUGUAAAAAGUGUUCUCUGUCGAACGGUGCACACUGCAGUGAUGGACCCUGCUGCAAUAACACAUGUCUGUUCUAUCCACGAGGUUACACGUGUCGCUAUGCAGUGAAUGACUGUGAUAUUUCAGAGACAUGCACAGGGGACUCAGGGCAGUGCCCUCAGAACCUACACAAGCAGGAUGGUUACUUCUGCUCUCUCAACCAGGGUCGCUGCUACGCUGGAGAGUGUAAGACCAGAGACAGUCAGUGUAAAUAUGUGUGGGGUCCAAAGGCUUCGAGUUCUGAGAAGUUCUGUUAUGAGAAGUUGAACACAGAGGGCUCAGAGAAAGGCAACUGUGGUCCAGAUGGAGACAAAUGGUUCCAGUGCAGUAAGCAUGAUGUGUUUUGUGGGUAUCUGUUGUGCACUAACACUGGUCGAAUCCCACGGGUUGGCAUUAUGAAAGGCGAGGUCACAUCAACAAAUUUCAACCAUCAGGGCCGACUGAUCGACUGCAACGGUGGUCACGUGUUGCUGGAUGAUCAGACUGAUCUUGGUUAUGUGGAGGAUGGAACUCCAUGUGGUCCGUCCAUGAUGUGUGUGGACAGGAAGUGUCUCCCCAUUCAAUCUCUAAAUCUGAGCUCCUGCCCCAGCAGAUCCAAUGGACAUGUAUGCUCCAGUCACGGGGUGUGCAAUAAUGAGGCAUCGUGUACAUGUGACACAACGUGGGCAGGAACAGACUGCAGUAUGCCUGAUCCUCCAAAAGUACACAAGCCCAGUGAAGACGAGGGACCCAAGGGUCCUAGUGCUACCAAUCUCAUCAUAGGCUCGAUUGCAGGGGCCAUCCUGGUGGCAGCUAUAGUCCUGGGUGGAACAGGCUGGGGGUUUAAAAACGUGAAACGGCGAGGAUAUGAUCCAAGUGCUUCUGCCAUCUAGUGGACGGACAGGAACGCUGCUCUCCAGAGCUUCUGUACUCAGCUGGGCUGCUGUUUUUGCUGCUCUGUUCUGGCAUUAGUUAUACUUGAAAAUAUUAUACUGCCAUACAAAGUGAAAAGGCAGUAACUACACCAGCUUUAAAUUAAAUUAAAUGGCUUCAUUUUUUUUUUUCAUCCAUGGAUUAUAAAAUAGUCUCACUCUGUUUUGAUUUUUUUAUCUGAGCAUAUAGAAUCAAACCUAACCCUAACCCAACUUGAUUUCGCUUAUUACUUAAUUUUGACAAAAUGUGUAGUUACUGUAUUUUGCCUUUGCAGGGCAGUAUACUAUACACAAUAAUGAAUAAUUAAACCAACAAUACCUUAGGUAUGUAGAUCCACAAACUUUUAUAAUCAACGCUUUCUCUCAAAAAGCCAUCUUUAUUGACAUAUCCUCUCCCCAACCAGCCUAGCAGAUCAUCCUUACAGAAUCAUACAAAGUCACAAACACAUAGCUUGGCCUUGGCACCCCGAUUGAAGAUUUUGCAUGUAUAAGCAAAUGCCAAUAAUCAGCUGAAAAGAGCAUUACAAUUUAUGAAGAGAUUAAACCCAUUGCAUAACAGCUAAUUUUUACAAACAAGAUCUGAAUCACCCAUCAUUACAUGAUUUUUUUAUUUGAUAGAGGUAGUUAAUAGCUGCAUGCCUUAAGCCCAAAGUAUAUUUCAGUUAGACUUAUACACCAGGUGUCUGCGUAUGGGAAAGGUGACGUAAAUGUUAUCAUCAGCAGAGUGCUCAAGCAAUGAAAAUAUGCAUGGAUGCACAUGUGCCUGGAAUUAUUUGCACUAAUUAGUGGGCCCACAAUAUGGCAAUACUCACCAAAGGGCCGUUGCAUUCAAAAAGAAGUGCAAGACAGCUGUGGAUAUCCACAUUAAGAGCAUGUGUGUGAGGAGGUCAGGACAAAGCUGCAUUUGUAUAACUUGAGUCUGAUGGACUAUAAAGACAUCUUUAAAAGUAAAGUAUUUCAUAGCAGCUGUAGUGUGCAUGUGUCAACCACCUGUGUAUGCACACACAGUUAAAAUGAUUAAACAUCUAAAGGCUUAGCAGGGGCACAACUACAAAUUUGUUGAGGGGUAUACAACAUCAAUGUUGGUGCCCCCUCCCCCACCACUACACACACACUACAACACAGAUAAAAGGCCAAACAUCCAUAAGCAAAUUAUGUGACCAUUGGAGCCCUUUUUAACUUUAUGAAGGUGACAAAAUAUUACACACCAAGAACGGAACCAUUAAUAAAUUAACACUUUUCAAACUGCUUCAAGAUGUAACAAAUAUAAAAAUUCGGAACACAAUAAAAAAAAAAAAAUGACAUUUUAUAUAUUUUAAAAUUUUAAAAUCAAGAAUUCAAUAACUUAACGUGAUAACAUUUAUUUAAUUCAAACUUUUAUAUUUAGAAUUUAGUUUAGAAUGUUUAGAUGAACAGUCAUGUGCAUAGCCAUGAAACCUUUUAGUUAUAGAAAAAUAAAUUAUUAAUUAAAUUUUAUCUGCAUUAUUUUCCAUCCAAACAGAAAAAUAAAGAAGAGGCCUCUCCAUCACACAUUUCUUUGCUCAAUUUCUUGGAUUUUGUCAAUAAUUGAUCCAGGUGUUGUUUAAUAAUUCCUGAGAUAAUUUACUCACACCACAUCCAAUGGUUUCUCACGUCCUGUUUGAAAGCAACACAACAAUAGGCAAAGGUAGGAAAGUGCAGCAACAUUAGUUAAGGUUAGAAAAAGGAGCCCACAUUUCGGUUGGACAUGGCGUAGGUUCCGUUAACAACUUUUUUUAACAAGCUUUUCUCUCUAAAUAUAAAGCAAUUGAAGCCCAUCCCAAACAUACGGCAACUUUUUGCAUAACCGUGACAGUAAAGAGACUCGAAAACUGGCAACGUUAUGCUGGUUUCACAUAUCCUCUGUGAGCAGGGUAUGAGCAGCACAUUUUAGUUUCGGUGCCCAUGUUAACUGAUUACACCCUUCACAUUGCAAGCGUGAGUAGUGAGGUGAAGUGUCCCAGACACAGCAGUGAGCAGAUAGUUUUGCUGCCUAUCCUAUUUUUGCCGCGCGUCUCACUGAACUCAGUGGCUCUGGGUACUGUAGAAAACUAAAAUAAUCAAGAGAUUUUAGAAAAGAAGCAAAAACAAAUAAACAAUAUUUAAACUGAACCAACUAUACAAUAACAAUUUAUUGGUCUGCAUCCAAACAAACACAAAAUAUAGGAAAGAAUAAAUAAAUAAACUGCAGGACUAUUGCUCGAAUUGUUUAUAUACAGAGACAGUUUAGAAGAGACUGGUAUUAAAAUUAAUGGGAGAAAUUGGAACUUCCCCUUACAGAUAAAAGUGUCAAUCAACUCAAGUAUGCGCAUGCACAUUAGCUGACCCAGCUUGAAAAAAGUGUUAGCGUAAUCUGAGGUAAAGCAGCACAAUUUAUGGUACUAUUGUUGUCAGAUUUUACUGCUGAUUUUAAAUAUGUUCUUUGAUCGAAAUAUUGACCAACCAUUUUGGAAAUUUCAGUCUUUCCACAUUCAAGUAGAUAGGAGCUGUACUUUUAUGACACUUGUUUACAAAGAAAAUUGCUGCCCAGCCUGCCCGAGAGCAUUCCAAAUGUGACCACUGAGUGGACUGACUUGCCUUGAAAGGAGCUUUGAUAUAUUAACGAAUCAUGACCAAGUACAGUGAUAAACAAGUGCAAGUCACUGCCUGCCAUUGCUGUCUGAACCUUGAAAAGAGACACGGCCAAUGUGAAAGCCCAAAUACAACGUGUUACUCACGCCAUGCUCAUGCGCCGCUAAUGGAGGAUAUGUGAAUCCGACAUUAAAUGUCAGUUAACUUCAAGAAUUUCUUCAAUAAUUUCAGUGGUAAAGUGAUAAGUUAAGCAGACAAAUAUAUCUUUAUCCACUUGGGCAAUUUUUUCUUAAUUAUAAAUCAGUGUUUUUCAUUUUCCAUCUUUGUUUUUCUGUUCAGCGCUCCAGGCCAAAAUGUAUUCCCAUUCUGAACAUUUUUGUCGUGUGACAGUCAGAGCAUCGUCAGUAGACAGAGUGUGAGUGGUAGUUUGUAGUUAUCUUUUGAUAAAAUGAAAUAAAUAAAUAAAAAUGCAUAAUUUGAUCCCAUUUAAAAUGCUAAGAAAAUUUUAAGAUAAUCAAAUAAAAGUUAAAUAAAAUACAUUCUUUCAUUAUUGUUUAAAGUGGUGCUUUUGAUAUUACAAUGUUAAUUUGGUAUUACAAGGUUAAAACAAGGUUACAAUUAACCAAAACAAAUCCCCACCUUGUGUGGUGCCCCUAUGCAUUGCGUAUGUUGCAUUCACAAUUUUUGCUUCCAUGAGCCUUAGUGUUCGACGGUAUGCAUGCGCUAAGUAUUCACUGAAAAACCAAAGUAUACUUUGAGCAGAAGCCUAGACGUGCGUUCAUUAAACCAGUUCAUGGGGUCCUUAAGAUGCUGAACUAAGAAGAAGCAUCUUUUUUAUAUACUUAUUGAUCAUUUCAUCUUUUUUAAUUAAUUUUACAGUUUUUUCAGAAUGUUUUCAUGUUUAUUUUUGACACUGUGCACUGAGUUAUCUGUUAGUAUUCUGCCUUUUGCUGUCACCUGGGUUUGUGUGUAGGAUGUAUGAGAAUACAUCUAUAGAUGCUGUAUGUCACCAUCUACUUUAAAUUAGAAGCCUCAACCUUACAGGGGAAGCUGUUGUUUCCCCUGUAAGGUUGAGGGAGCAUUAUAGCAACUUUUAAAACACCUGCAAUAAUUCUGAUCCUUAUAUAUACAGUGUUUUAUCUGUUAAACUUAUCCUACCACCCAAUUGUAGCUGUUGACCCAAUCGGUUUCUCUGCUUUUCUAUACAUUAUAAUCAGACCUAUGGCCAUUGUUAUCCAUCUUGAUCUCCUUCCAUUCUCAGUGUUGACCCUACUGGAAGUGAUUGAUUUUCUGCAUGAAUUCACUAUAAUGGGCUUUAUUACUCUGUAUGUAUGACGUAUGAGUGCCCAAACCCAUAGGAAUAUA